CCACCGAUUACCUCUGAGCCACAGCUGCCCUAGCCGUAAUCAACCAAAUAUUUUUUGGGAUAUUUCAGUCUUGACCAAAGUGGUGGAUCCUAGAGCCAUGCUGUUAUAUUGGCUAAAAAUACACUCAGCAGCGCAGUGGGCUUUAUUUGCCCUGGGUUUCGACUCUCAAGAUACACGCAUGUUGCCUCUGAUUUGGUGGAGGUUGUAGGGGCCAUAUAUAUAUAUAUCCAUCCAUCCAUUAUCUGUAACCGCUUACAGACAUACUGUACUGUGGAUAAAUGGAGCUGAGUGUUUAAUUUUAUUCAUAUAUCAUUAUACCACUUGCUGUACGGUGAAUUAUCCACAAAAAUGUAUUUGCACUCAAAGAUGGUGAAGUAAAAAUAAGCUAUUUUACAGAUGUUUAGUGGUGAGUGCUAAUGUUACAGUAUGUACUAUCAAUGCCUAACCACCCUAAAACAUUUCAGAGGGAUCAAGUGCUGAUAAGUGUGUGUGUGUGUGCGUGCGUCCGUGCAUGCGUGCAUGCGUGCGUGCCUGCGUGAGGGGCGUUAAUGGAUGCUGAUAAGCCAGCGGGAGGGCAACACUGAUAAGCUGCUAUAUGUCAUAUGUUAAGUCAUAGUCUCUGUUACGUGACAUACGUAAUCUACGUACAUACGUAGAUUACAUUACAUAUUAUGUACAUACGUAAUAUCAUGACGUGAUAUACACAUAAUUAUAUGCAAAUAUGAACCUAUAUCAUAUAGUAUAGUGUACAGUACUCAUAAGUAGAGCACAGAAUGUAUUACAGGUGUAAACUAGUGUGUUUUUUCAUUGCUGAGCUAUUGAGGAUGAGGUGCCUCUGUGUAGAUAGACAGGAAAGGUGGGGCUAAGGGGAACCCGUACGGUACAGGAGGGGCACACACUGUAUGUCUGCUGCUUUUAGCUUCUUAUCCAGCGCACACAUUUUUACAUUGUUUAUCAACCAAAUCUCAACAGCUUUUUUUGUGCAAUUUUUGUUGGCACACUACUUUGACCUUAACAUGUUUGGAUGUGUCCACCAUUGACUGGCAGGAAAAUGACCCCUGAGCUGUUGGACUCACGGUCGUAACCAUGAACCAUGAACUGGCUCAGCAGGGUCUGAUUGCAGCCACAGUGGGACAUAUACCUUGAUGGGGCAUUUCCACCUUUUCAAUACAGAAAACUGACUCUUGAUGUUUAUCAGUCUGCAACAGAAGACUUCAUCAGAGAUGAUUUGAGAUUGAACCUCCGCUAUGACUGAAUCAGAAGCCUCUAUGGAGGGGGAACAUACCCCGCCCUACAUGAUCUUUGUGGUGGUCUUUCUCUUCUUCGUCACCGGACUGCUUGGCUUCCUCGUCUGCCACCUGCUGAAGAAGAAUGGAUACCGCUGCCGCACUGGAGACAUGGACGAUGAAGAGGAGGAGGAGGAGAAGCUUGAGGGAAAUACAGACGAUGCGGAUGAGGAGAACCAGGACACAGUGGAGCAGAUUCUCAAAUGCAUUAUUGAAAAUGAAGCUAAUAUGGAAGCCUUCAAUGAGAUGUUUGGAAACCAGAAUGUCUGUGUGCGCCAUGACCCCAGGCUGCGUAAGGAGUCCAUCGGUGGUGUUCCUCCCCAUCACCACACAGUCCACUCAGGCGCCGACCACAACUCCUGCCACCUCUGUGCACAGGUCCGAUCCAAGAAGGGCCGACGACAAAGCCGAACCCCCCGCUCUAAACAUCGACCUGGAGAGCAGACUGUCUUCUCUGUUGGCAGGUUCCGGGUGACGCACAGUGAUAAGAAGCCCCAUGGAGGUCCUAAUCCGUUGGUCGGUUCAGGGGACCAGCUGGACCAAUCACUGGACAGCGAGGAGCGGAAGGAGGGCGGGUACAAUCUGAGAAGCAUGUUCAAGGAUGUCCGAGCGCCUUCAGAGGGCUCCAAUGGGGUCGCUCCGAAUGUAGGGAAACGCAGGAAGAGUUCAACUAUAUUCGGGCUGAGGCGGGGCAGCGAUCCCGUUGGCUUGAAAGUAAGAGAGGGGACUGGUCGGGAAUCAGCAGGUGUUAGAUUCGCUAUUCAGAAGCAACCUGUAGUGCUCGAGGAACUGUUGCAGGCAGAGAACAUUGAAGUCGCUCCCGAACAUCGUACUAAACCUGGUAUCAAACCUGAAAGCGAGCCCUCAAAGAAUCAAAUGCCUGUUUCACCUCGACGUGAGGUUAAAACCUCAGGUGCUGUUAAUUCUCCAUCUUCCCAAAGUAAGGAUCGGGCCCAUGGCUCUAAUCCUGCACAUGAGGACGGCUCUAAACAUGGGCCCAGUCCUGAACCUCGUACGAUCAAACCUUCCGUUGGGACUACAGCAGCUACCGCCCCCAGCUCUCUUCCCAUUCCAUGUCCUGCUUCUUCUGGACAGACAUUAAAGUCAACUGAGAAACAAGGAGAAGAGGCAUUUGAUCCUGGGCCGGUCCAGACCUCUACACCCAUUGCCCCCAUGAAUGGAUCCAUUCCAGGUUUCACUUCUGUCAUUCCUGCUGUUCAACCUGAACCCUGUUCUAGCACAGCUUUUCCAGUUACCCAAACUCCCCCUGACCCAGGCUCCAGCCCAGAUCUGGAAUCAGGUUUUGGUGCUAGCUUAGCUUUGAUAAGCCUACAGUCAUCUUCAUCCUCUUCAUUAAAAACUCCUAUCUCACCCAUGGCGGCCACUCCAAGCCCCAAACUCCCAUCAGGCCGAGCAAUGUCCAGUCAAUCCCCUAUUCCAUCUUCAUCCUUUGGAAGAAGUGCUAGUCCAUUACAAGCCCCAAGUCCCUCACCUGCUAGCCCCAAACUUGACACCAUGCCAACAUCACCACAAACCCCCUCUUCUUCUCCAGCUGACCAAAACCUGACCUUCAGAAGUUCACCUCGUCUGACUUUGAAGUCAGGAAGUGUGACGUCUGUAACAUCUAUGACCAAAGGGGAUGUGAUUUCAAGCCCAUUAUCUCUAAAGGAACAAGAGCUGGAAGGAGCCAGAAUCCCGAAGACAGAAGAAAAGACAGAAACAAUGAGGGUGGGGAUUCUCAAAACAGCUAAACUUUCACCAGCUAACGGAGAUUCUAAAGGCUCCACGCUUUACUCUCCCACUGAUCAGCUUUCUAAAGACAAACUGAGCAGUUUGCCUCUGUCACCUUCCAGUCCACUGUCCCCUUCCUCACCUAUAGGGAGCAGAAUAAGUAGCGUGACCAUCGUCAAAGCCAGCCCUGACAGCAAGAGAGAGUUUUCUGUUGCCACCAUGGUGGAGGAGAAAGAAUCCUCUACUUCAAUAAAAGACCACAAAGGGGCGACUUCUGAACUCAGGGUUGAAUCAGAAAUAGCAGGAACUAUUCCAGCAGUUGGUCAGGGAGGAGAGGUUUAUGUUUCAGGUGUUGGACAAACUGAAAGUCAAAGUGGAGAGACUCCUGGAGCAGAGGUUGGGCCGAGGGUGAGCCAAGAGAAGGAUGAUAUGGUGCAGAUGGAAGAUAUUAGGGACUGCAAAGUGACGCAGGCGGAGGAAGCAGGGAGGGUGGAGGAGGAGUUGGAGAAGAAUGUGAACAUUUAGUCUACACUGGACUGAUGGUGGAGUCUCAUAUCGAGAAGUGUUGAGUGUUGAAGUAAUCAUGAACAACUGACGAGCUGGUUGACCAAUGGAGAAUGAUCAGAUGCUCUUCCACUGCUAGAUUUAAAAGGAUGAUACGAUGGAUGUUGCAUGUUUUAGCCUUUUCACCACAGAUCACAUAUACUUUACAUCAUGGCUAACCGUUUUGCAAACCAUGCCUUUGUGUUUUCGAUUUUUGAAUGUUUUUUCCUACUUUUGGGGGCGUGUCAGAGUUGAGUUUUCCUUUGACUAAAUUGUUUUGUGACAGUGCUGAUGGAUUAGUUAGUGUCCAGGUGGUUAAUUGACCUGCUAAUGGACUGAUCACCUUUGAGUCUUUGACCAGAGCUGUGUGAUUAAUUUAUUGAUUUGGUAACCAUCAUGAUUAUUUAUUGAUGUAUGAAUGUGCUAAGGGCUGGCAACCUCUAAUCUCAUCUAUUGAUCCUGCUGAUUGUGAAUCAAGAUUAACAGCCCAAGCACAGGGGAGCAACAGUCGCUGGAUGGGCAGCUUAUCCAACGGAGAUAUAUCAGUUUAGUGCAACAAGUUAAUGUGAUUAUGUUUGACUCCAUGCUGUAGUGGGCAGCUUUUGGAAAGCACAGUAUUUUGCCAGGUGCAUAAAUCAGUCUAUUCCAUUUUUCUCUAAAUUUGGAGCGGCCAUCUCUCCCACGACGACCUGUUCACACUCCCAACUCGACGCUUGGUCAGUGAUCCUCUGCGUCGGAUACCGAGGCACCCUUAAGCGUCUGAAUGAGACGCAUCGUGCUUUCAACUAACUGCAAUGUAAACCCACACGCAGCAUUAUUAGACAGUCAGAGUAACGGAUGUAGUAUAAAGAGCGAGAAAGUCCACCUAGGGAGGAAGUCGGGGUGGAACGGGUCAAACAAACACAGGACUUUCACCCAGGAGACUGCUCUUCAUGUCCCGUUUGAAACCAAGUCAACGUUGACUUAUUUGACCUUACUUUUGUUACGUAACUUACAUACUUAACUCUCACUGCAUAUGCAUGUUACAGUAGGUAACAAGCGGAAACUGACACAUCCAAAACUAAUGCUAGAGGGUUACCUAGAGCGUCAUAGUUUGAAGCGUAGGGCCACUGACCAAGCUGCCGGUAUUUCACAAGUUGGGAGGGAGAAUGUGUUGCCCAUGAGAGUUUAACCCUUAUCAAUGUUCACACUGCCCCCUACAGAUCCACCCUCCCCUGCACAGGUACCCUGUUAGUGCUAGUGAAGAAAUAAGGACUUGAUCCCUCACUGGCUUCCCACCACACAAACAUUAACAGUUGUUUUGAACAUGGGUCUUACGUGGUGGUGGCCACCACCUAACACCCUGUCAGCAGUCAUUGAUGUGACCAUAUAGAGAAGUCACACCACUAAUACCAGUAUAGUAGUAAUAAGUUCUUAUACUAGCGUAACCCGGCACUUCCACUGCUAAAUAUACUACAUUUCCUGUGUACCAGUCACUCCAGUCACAGACUAGUUUUCUGGAAUUGUGAAAUUAAUAUCCAGUAAAAGGUUGGCUUUUUUUUGUCUUUUUAUUCACAAUACUCUUAUUCUGCUUAUGCCAUUUUGUAAUGUGCUCAACAUGAAUUAAACCAGGAAAGUAAAAUAAAACAACAGCAAAUGAUAGCUACAAUGGCGAGAACAGCCAUAGACUUUGUACUCCGUGCUGAUGAUUGUAUUAUCAAGCAGUACAUGCCAAGGCAUGACAGUGUGGGAGCCCCAUAUGUGAGAUAAGCUCUCAGACUACAGAGACGUGAAACUUACUUACUUACUAAUAAACUCUGCUGUUCUUAAAGCUGUGAAACUUAAAGAUAAUGCAUUUUAAAGUAUGAUGUGUAUUUUGAAGUAUAACAGAGUAUUUUAAAGUCUAACUUGUAAACCUUCUACAGCAGAUAAGAGACAAGCAAUAUUAUACAUUGGUGACUUGUGGAACUCUCCACUGAUAUUAUGCAUUUUGUUCUCCCUCAUGUGAUUAUACAAUAGAACUCACUGAGACACAACAUUAUAUCCAUCAUACCUGCGAAACUAUUCAUUCUAUAGUUGUUGUUUUUUUCAAAUCUACUAAUUCCAACAUUGGAGCAGCCUGGUUACAGGCAGUAAGAGCUGUGGUUUCUAUCAUAGUUACAGGUGUACCAUGUUAUACAUAAAGUAUAUAUAGAAAACUCCACCUUUCACCUUUACUGUGUUUCUGUACUCUCUAAAUACAAAACUACAACAAUGGCCGUUAUAUACCAACAUCUAAAGGCGUGUUCCAUGGUGACCAUUUUUUUUUUUAAAUUUAGGGAAAUACAAUUUUUUUUUACAACCUUGGUUUAAUUUUUAUACUUCCAACUGAAAUAAGGAUGAAAUGUGUGGACAGAGAAAUAGUAAUUACACAAAAAUUGGUAUCAGAAGACUUCAUAAGGAGUUCAUAAAGUGUGUGUGUUUUGUUUGGAAUACAUAGAAAAGGAGGAGCUAGGUAAUUACUGGGAGUGAGCCACCAUGACUGAAGAAAACAGCUAAAGAGAUGUGAACUUGAUCCGCAAAAAGUCCAAAACAAUAAGAAAUCACAGUACUGACCCAGGCACCGCAGUGCAAAACAUCAACAAAAAGGAGCACUUAGAAACAGAGGAAGAAAAAGCAAUAAAUGAUUUUGAGGAUUACAAUAUAUAGACAAGAUGGACACUUUUACCUCCUGCAUGAUGGCAAUUCUUAACGGGUCGAUCUGUUCACGCAUUAAAAAAAA